AUUGAAUUCAGUUGCUCAGCUGAUCAACGCUGCGCAACCGCAGUUAUGUUGCUGGUUAGGCUUAAAAGAACAAGUUUGCAGUUUUAAAUGACGCAUAAACUUAUAUGUGCAUGUGGAUAAAAAAAAGAAGUGGCUUUUAAGAGCCAAACUAUAAAAUUAAAUUGCAGCAAAACACAUUGUAAUUAUUGUAAAAAUAGCGAUCGACGAAAUUGGUGAAAAAAAAAUUUUAUCGUAUUACGCCAUGUUCGCCGAUGUGGAAAAAGUAUACCAGAUGUAUUACAGAAUUUAUGCAAAAUGUCUGUAUUGAAAAUUUGUAAUUUACAUCGAAACAAUGCUCACGUGUUUAUUAAAAACAGUACGACGUUUAUUUUAACGUACAAACCUCAAUAGGACGAGUAAAUUGAUUGCAUAUAUGUUGUAUGAUAUGUACGAAUGUUAUACAUGUUUUUUUUUAAACAAUCUUUCUUGAAUGUCGUCCUAAAAUCCUGACGACGAACAUUUCACGUAUUAUUAACUACCUUUUUUAGAAACGGACGAUACAUUUAAUCGUCAAUUAAUUGGCAAAGAUGUACACAUUCAAACCAUUUGUGUUCAUGAAACAUGAAGCACAGAGCGUGGAACGUCCGAAAGCUAGAAGUGGACAUAGAAUAGUCUGUAAUCAUAAGAAUUUGUAUUCUUACGGUGGUUUUAAUCCAUGUAUCACCGACAAUGAUCCAGACAUGAGAAAUGAUGAAAUAUGGAGUGCUAGUAAACCACUUUUCAAGGAAGUUUGGAAGUUUAAUCUUGUUACACAACAAUGGAAGCGUUUACCGGGUCAAGAUAAUAUGCCUAAUGAAUUGGCAUCUAACGCAGUGAUAUUGAGGGGAAACGCCCUGAUGGUUUACGGCGGAACCGGUGUACCAUUCGGACAAAGUUGUAGUAAUCAUCUAUACGUGUGUAACGUUGAUGAUGGCAAAAUGUAUACUGUACCAGCGAAAGGAGAAUUGCCUGAACCUCAGUAUGGACAAGCUUUAAUAUGCCAUGGAUCAUAUUUAUACACUGUCGGUGGGACUACCGGAUACGAAUAUACUUGUGAUAUUCAUAGAUUUGACCUUAGAACUGGUGUUUGGGAACCUGUUUAUAUAUGUUCUGGGAGAGAUCAAAGUGAACCAACAGGAAGAUAUAGGCAUGAAUUAGCAUUUGAUGGAAAACUUAUUUAUGUUUUGGGUGGAGGAACAGCUGCAGAAGCAUUUGGUUUCUCUGAGAUUCCUGCUUUUAACUUAGCAACAAAUAAAUGGAUAGUAUUAAAUACAUAUGGAGACAGUGACGAUAAUACAGUACCAGAACCUAGACGUUGUCACGGUUCUGUUCAGUAUACAGAUGAAAAGACAGGAGUUACCUCAGUAGUAAUAUCUGGAGGAUACAAUGGUGAUCAUGUCUUUUCUGAUGUUUGGAGACUAGACUUGAGUCUCCUACAAUGGACGUGUUUAAGAAAAUGUAUACUUCCGUGCCCUGUAUAUUUUCAUUCUGCAGCUCUUACACCUGAAGGGAGGAUGUAUACAUUUGGAGGAAUAGUUAGAGAAAAUAACGAGCUUGAUAGGACAGAUGCAGUUCAUUCUGUUUGGUUAACUAUCCCGAAAUUAUCGGAAAUGUGUUGGCAAGCAGUCAUUUAUUACAAUCCAGACAUAAGGCAUAAGACACGUGAUGAAUUACUUUACAUGGGAAUACCAUUAAAGUUUGUGCAAAGAAUCGAUUGCGAUUCCGAAGCAGAACUUCAUAUCAAACGGACAACGUGUUUGCGUACGAAUUUCGGAGUACAAAAUAGCUUAAAAAAACGUACCUUAUUAAGUACGCAUUUCGCAGAAUACGUGCAAUUAUGCACGGACGUUAUUGAAAGAUAACAGGGGGAACAAAUGUGGUAGAGGAGAGAAUAAAUUACACGUGAAUUGUGUGAAAUGCAAUGGAAGUUUUUGCCUUAAACUUAGAUAAACGAAAUUAUAGUCACCUUUGUAUGCAAUACAUUAGAGCGAUACAACAAUGGUUCGUAUACUUAGUCUCAUUCUAUGAACGAACCUGUCGGCAUACAAAGAGGCCAAUGCAAAUUACACUUAAGUAGACGCAAAAAUAAAGAAAAGGUUGUUUCUCCUCUCAUUGUUCAAUUCUCGGUGUUACUUAUCCGAAUUUAAGAUGGUACACCAUAGGUGUGCGUUAAAGGAACAGGAAGGUAGACUGUAAAUAGGAAAUUGAAUAAAACUAAACUGACACUCUUUA